GUUUUUUGACGGCAAUCACACCUAUAUGAUCGAACCUGGAGGACAGGGAAGCAGCAAUGGAGAUGUCCGCAUUCACAUGAUAUAUAAAUCUGCAGGGCAUGAAGGAUUUAAUGAUCUCUUCAAUGGUGAUUUUCCAGAGCCGCCUUUUCCCAGCCCCCCAUUUCCCGGGUCAAAAGUUGUUCACAGGAGAAAAAAGAGACAGGCUCCAAGUGAGUCUCACAGUGUAGAAGAUGAGACCAAAUACGUUGAGCUGAUGGUGAUCAAUGACCAUUUAAUGUACAAGAAGCAUCGGCUUUCUGUUGGGCACACGAAUAACUAUGCUAAGUCAGUGGUCAAUAUGGCUGACAUGAUUUUCAAGGAACAGCUCAAUACCCGGAUUGUGCUGGUUGCCAUGGAAACGUGGUCAGCUGACAACAAAUUCAACAUCGACGAGAACUCGAUGGUGACGCUGAAGGAGUUUAUGAAGUAUCGAAAAGACUUCAUCAAGGAGAAAUGUGACUCUGUUCACCUCUUCUCAGGGAAUCGUUUCCAUAGCAACUGGGGGGGAGCUUCCUACAUGGGAGGCGUUUGCUCCCUCACUAAAGGAGGGGGGGUCAAUGAGUAUGGGAAAGCAGAUGAGAUGUCCAUAACCCUCGCCCAGUCACUUGGACAGAACAUCGGCAUCUUCUCUGACAAGAAGAGGAUCAUCAAUGGAGAGUGCAAGUGUGAUGAUCGUUGGACGGGCUGUAUCAUGGAUGAUGUUGGGUAAGUUACUUUUACAGAACAUUUGUGGUUUUAAAGUCAUGACUUUAAAACCACAACAGAGAAAGAGUUUGUGUUUGCCCAACAAACGAUAUGACGGAAAAGCAACUGGCAUACAGUUCGUCCAUUUAGAUUU